GUGUAUAUUAGAUACUCUGGAGUGCAUUUAACAUUAUCGAACAUUAAAAACGUUUCUUGUGAAGUAGAAGGGUUUUAUUUGACGUAAACACAUGUUAUCAAGUAUAUAUUAAAUUUGUGUUGUGUGCCUCCUCAGUCCUUUCAUGUAUAUGUGGUAUGGACAAAGUACAUGUACUGUACACAUGUAGUGCAUAUUGAAACAAAGAUGUCUAUGUCAUCCAAAUUUUAUGUGCGUAACCAACUGGUUGACUGCGAAGAGGAUUUUACUCAUGAAUUCAAAGGGCACAAGAACAUCUGUAGGGAGGACCUGCCCCCCUGGACCCAGGAGAAAGGGAACACGGACAAGGCUUCACGCAGGGCGGUGUCGAGGAAUUUAAAUGCGUUCCUUAACACAGGAAAGGGAGGGACAGUUUAUCUUGGAGUGAUAGACAGUGGCCAUGUAAAGGGAUUACAGCUAUCACAGUACCAGAAAGAGCACAUAAUUGGCAGUGUUCGUGAUGUGAUGUCUCGCUACAACCCUCCUGUGAAGCGACACCGGUACAAGGUCAGGUUCACUCCCGUCUUCAAUAACCAGGAGGAAGGGAAAGAAAUUGUCAAUAACAUGUGUAAAGAGCAGAUGGACCCUGCACUACUUGAGCGUCCACACGAGUUCCGCUCCAGCAACUACUGUUGGUGUGACAAUGACAACGUCAUGCAAUAUAACGCUGGUAUCCUGCUGCAGGACUAUGUGAUAGAGAUCUCCAUUCGUCCCUGGGACCCGGCUGACCCCCUGAAUGCAGAGGAAGGGUGUGGCCAGCUUGCCAACAUCCACCCCAUACAUGAUGAUGAGGAGGGGAAUUGCUACUUCCGCAGGCAGGCUAGUAUUGUCAAGUACACUAUGACAGAGCUGGCUCAGCUGACCAGACAUGAGGUCCAAGCAGAGUGUCAAAAUAGGAUAAAUAUCUUAAAGAAGGAGAUAGCAGCUUUACAGCAGAAAGUAGGUGCAUCUGAACCAGAAUGAGAUUCCCAAUAAACUGUAUGUGGAGGUACACAGACCUCAGCCAUUCUUCUUGACCUUGAUCUGCUGUUCUGCAAGAAGCAGUUCCAUUUGAUGGGAAGAUCAGGGAGGAGAUGAUGUGACUUUGUUAUCCUCGCCACUAUUGUGUUCAUAUUGCCAUCUAGUCGAGACAGUUUGUUGUUUAUUUGUGUUAGUAAAAAAUGACACUGACCCUAACGAUGCUUGGAAACUUCCAGUGUUAAAGGAUUAAUCUACUUGACUUCAUCAACUACAUGUACUGUCAGGUUUAUAUCUUG